UUCGUUUCACGUCAGGUACAAGCAUCAACAGCAACACAAAUAAGUUUUGGCCCUGCAGUCGAUCAAAAAAUUAGCGAAGAUUAUGGCCAAAUCUUCUGCACAUAUAAAAAACAUGAACAAGAGAAUAUUAGCAGUGGUACAGGAAAUUUUAUCAAAAUGCACGGUGGAAAUCAAUGGGUAUCUGUUUUCGGAGCUAUGUGCCUAUUAUUGCAUGCAGAAUACACUAUUUAUAUCAUGCGCGACACAGAAUUUUCUUUUUUAUUACAGUCGCAAAAUGAAGAUCCGAUGCAAGGUAUUUUGGUUUCAAAAUUUAAGCAAUAUUGGACACUUCAAAAGGAGGAUUCGGAAGACCAGCAAAGUACAGAGAAGCAAAUCGCAAAAAUUAUGGAAUCAAUGGGAAAAUCAAAAUUUAAAAACCCCAAAUUAGCUAAAACAUCACCUAUUGAUGAUAUAUCAUGGGCAAUCUAUGCAAUGUUCUUCGAGAAACCAUAUCACCAUUUAAAGAAAACAUUAGACGAACGCACUGAUUUAUUAGUUAUGACACAUGCUACGUCACUUGUUCAUUGUUAUCAGUUGAGCGGCAUCUGUGUGCAUCGAGACGAGGAUUACCUGAUGAAAUGGGCGGUAGAUAAUCCGGAUUCUGCAUAUGGAAGGGCGUUCGUGGUUACUGAACAGGAUGUUUCGGAUCUCAUUAAACCAUCGCCCGAAGAAAAUAAGUCAAAUAGCAAUAAGACACAACAAAUCGCAGAUUCUACAAAAAACAAGACUUUUUAUAAUCUUACAAUGGAGAACUUUAAAUGGAUUCAAAACAGAAAAAAAAAUGACAAGGAGUCGCAGACUAAUUCGGCAGAAGAAGCAGAAGAUAAGCCCCCGAUUUUUUCAACUCUGUCGGAAACAAUGACUGAUAGGAUUAGAUACUUUAUGAAAGGAAAUCCACCAGAUAAGGAAGAUAUGGUAAAGCUGUUUAUAAAUCUUGCUGAUAUGGGCAGAAAUCCAGACACGUUCGAUGAACCUGAAAGCAAGACUAAUCUUUCUAAAAAAGAAGCAAAAGCUGUCGAUUACGUCUACAGGCGCCGUUUGACUAUGGGAAUUUCAAGCAGUAUCACUGAUGUUAUUCAACAGCUUGCUAAAAUGCAGUAUGAAUUCAGCCAUCAACAGACCGCCGGUAUUCUAAAACGUGAACUACUUGGCCGUGUCGCAUCUUUGUUGCUUGGUUAUGGGUAUCCAUAUCACCCCGACGAACGCCCUUCAUCUAAAUGGUAUCUCUCACCAGAAGUAGUUAUACGAUUCCUUCUUGUCAAUGAAUCAGUUUUUGAAAGUAUGUCGAAAACAGAUAAAAAAUUCAACUGGAAUAUUUUGUUUGAUUCUCGGAUAUUAGGGUCACCACUUGUCAAACGCAUGAUUGACUUGAAUAAAAACGAUGACUUUUCCUCAAAAAAUUUCAUUAAUGGUAACCUAAAAACAGUGUCAUACCAUAUCAAGCGGCUUCAUAUGGCAAAAGAUGACGAGUUGGAUGCAUAUAUUAUUGAAUUUCUUGCUAACGAUCGAUUUAAUUGGCAACAAGAUGAAGAAAAUCUGGAAAGAAAAAUAAAGGAUUUAAGAGGUACUAUAUAUAAAUAUAAUAAAUGGCGUUGUUAUCUUGAAGCAUAUAAAAAUGUUGCAGAUGCAAUUUUUGAGGGCAAAGAGGAAAAUAUAAGACCUGUUAUUAAUUUUGAUGAAGAGAAAGCGAUUGCUGAAAUGAAUGGAUUAAGCAACGAAGAUAGUGAUGACGGUGAUGAUUGUGAUGAAGAUAGUGAAGAUCGCGAUGAAGAUAGUGAAGAAUAUGGCAAAUAA